AUGUGUGCACCUGACGGACGACGGGAGAGAAGAAGCCGCAUACUCAGAGCGGAUCUCACGCCAGGAUUUACCCAGGCUGAGCAGGCUCCCACCCCAACAGACGUGGAUGUAGCGAUCACCAGUUUUUCUGACUUGUCACUCAACCUCCAUGAUUUCCUUAUAUUCGAUGUCACACCGGACGGCUACCUCCAGCUCGAAAGGGAAAGAGCCGCUGGGGCUGCUCCUAUACGUCUGAAGGCGGUUCUCCAGAUGGAACACAGAGUGAACGUGUUGCCGAAGUGCGGACGAGACCCGUUGGUCUGCAUUCAGCAUAUAUUUUUGGAGACACGCAGGGAAAAUCCGUUCGAAGCGGAGCUCUAUACGCCAGGUCCUUCGCUUGCCGAUGAAGAUCCUGUAAUUGCGCUUGUUGUUUCUGCAGACGGGAGGUGGUUCCCCAGUAGAGCGAGCAAUAGCACCGUCACCGCCUGGGAUACCAAAAACCACCUAGUCUCCUGGAAUUGGGCUGCGGAUGAGCCGUCGGUCGACGGCCUCGCAAUCUCCCUCGGCGGCGGGUACAUCCUUUCCGUUGUCCGUGACCCUAGUGCCGAAGUGUAG